CCGACCUGAAACAGCCUGACCUAAAAUGACUCUGUGGAGGAGAGGGUGCAAUGAAUUUUUCAGCGCUCCAAAAAUGGCGGCAAAUAUGGAUUUCCUUUCGUUUGCAUUUUCAUUUGUGGUGUUAGCUGGUGGUGUUAUUGGAUAUUUGAAAGCUGGAAGUACAAUGUCCUUGAUGUCUGGAAUUGUCUUUGGACUGAUUCUUGCAUUGGGUGCCAGCCAGACUUCACACAAUCCAAAAAAUGUCUGGAUCUCUCUGGCUGCAUCUGUGAUUCUCUGCGUCGUAAUGGGUAUGCGAUUCUUCAAGACAGGCAAAGUUAUGCCAGCUGGUAUGGUAUUUUUCCUCAGCAUUGGCUCGAUUUUAAGGCAUGCCUACAACUAUUACCACUGACUGAUUAACGAAACCGCAUAGAAUUCCUCGUAUGUAAGUUUUGAUAUUUCAAUAAAAUCUCUAA